GAAACUUUCCCCAGGCAAGAAGCUGCACUAGCUGACGCACAUUAACUGCAAAUUCUUGGUUAGUUCCUUAUGUAAUUAACUCUAAGCAUAAACAUGUUUUAACACUCGAUUUUAUUCGUAACACCAAAACGUUUGAUCCCAGCUUUGUGGUUUAAACGAAAAUGACUUUGGUUUACUUUUGACUUUAUCAUAUGUAUAUGUGAUCAAAAUGAAUCGGUACCCGCGUAUAUGGAGGCCAUAUUUUCUUAUCUUUCUGAUAUACCAAGCUAAAUCGUGGUCUCUAAAUAAAAGUCUUAUGACUGGACCUAAUGUUGGAAUUCGGACAAACAACGGAACCAUGUUAAUAUCGUUUUCAUCGAAUCACAAAUCGUAUGGUUUGUUUGUGGAUGCCAUUGAGCGUGGUACUCCGAGAGUCAUGCAAGGGUGCAAAUACCAGUUGGAGGGGGAUAGAUGGAAUUGUGACAACAUUUCAAAGCUGAGGUCUCUAAAUAAAAUUCUCAUGACCGGACCUAAAUUUGGAAUUCUGACGGACAACGCAACCAUGUUGAUACCGUUUUCAACCAAUCACAAGUGGUAUGGUUUGUUUAUGGACGCCAUUGGGCGCGGUGCUCAGAGAGCCAUGCAAGAAUGCCAAUACCAGUUUCAGUGGGAUAGAUGGAAUUGUGACAUCACUUCCGCUCCACUUUUGCACAGUGAACAACUUGGAGCAACAAAGGAGGCAGCUUUUGUUCAAUCAAUCACAUCCGCUGGAGUCAUGUACAGUUUGAUCCGCCAAUGUAGUUCAGGUUCCUACAAUGUCUGCAGUUGUGAUAAAUCAAAGCAAGGGCGGGAAGGAGGCUAUGAUUGGAUAUGGGGUGGCUGUAGUGAUGAUGUGAAAGUGGGAGAAAGGGUGGCCAGGACACUACUAGAUACCCUCGUAACGAAACGAGAUGGUGCCGCUGCAAUGCAUCUGCACAACAACAUGGCCGGAAGAAAGGCAGUAUCAAAAUCAAUGCGUAUGAUGUGCAAGUGUCAUGGACCUACAGGUUCUUGUUCAUGGAAAACAUGCUGGAAAGAAUUACCAAAAUUUCGAAAGAUUGGACGAUACCUCAAAAGGAGAUAUUCUUAUGGACUGCGACUCGACUUUAACGAGAAAUUGAAAGACGAAAAUGAUCCUAGGCGGCGAAGCAUGUUUCCGGUUCUUCCCGGAAGUAGUUUGGUGUACAUAGAAAGGUCGCCUAAUCAUUGUAAAGCAAAUAAAACUUAUGGAAUUAGUGGAACACUGAAUAGAGAGUGCUCUCGUCGCCACAAGGCGGGAAAGGUACGUCGUUCUGAGCGAAAAAGUUGCAGGAAUUUGUGUCGACGGUGCGGCUAUAGUGUGCAAAAAAGAACGGUCGAAAUCACCAGCACGUGCAACUGCAAAUUCAGGUGGUGCUGUAAAGUUAACUGCGACACGUGUGUUGUUUACGAAGACAGAUAUUUUUGCGUGAAGUAAAAUGUCGUAUUUUUGGAUACUUCUAUUUUUCAUUGGAAAAACUGUUGGCAGCUUCUUGCACAUUUGAAUCGUUCUAAAUAACACAACGUGCUGACAGUUGUCCAAAAUGUGGUUCAAAUAGUCGAGAUUAAAGUGUCGACGAUUCUUUCAUAACUUAAAUCUUUGCGAACCAGAGGUAAUACUUACAGUAUUAUAUGCACUUGUAUAUUUGAUCAUAAUUGCAAAAUUUCACAGUUCUUUAUUACUUUUGCACAGUAUACAAGAAAUGAAAAUAAAGGUUACAAUAUCAAGUAUCAAACUCAAAUGUGAGCUGUAGAUGUACAUACUAGUGACUAUUAAGAGAAACCUUAUGAAACUAGUGACAACAUGUUCAAACACACAAAUAUAAUAGUGAUGAAUAGAAAAAUAUGAAAGUUAGUUACCUUUAAUAAUAUGUUACAGUAUUGGAAAAUAAAAUGCACUUGUGUAAAA